UUAGUCAUGCGACGGACCUGAUCGGUAUUCAAUUACAAUUUUAGUCAAGUAGACAAAUAAUUUAAUAACAGGGAAAGGAGCAAAAAGUGCUUUAUGUGGUGCCAUAUAGCUAUAACCAUUUUCAAUUAAAUAUUAAAUGAUUAAACAUUUGGUUAAGAUAACAGAUAAGUCAUGAGAUAACCCAAAUAAGCAGGUUAUAAUUUAUAAAAUGGGUAAAGACAGGUUAAGUGAGUUACAAAAGGCUCGUAAUGGAAAAAACAAGGAAAUCCCCAUCGACAUCGAGGAAGCAACUGAGCUGCUACCAGUUCAGACUGGUUUAAAAGAGACCUUUCAGCGAUCAGAAGUGUUGCAACAAUGGAUAGGAUCCAUAGAAGAAAACUUAGAGGGUGUGCGAGACUGUAUCAAGAAACUAGAUGUAAUAGAGCUGGACCAGAAGCAAAUAGCUGACCAAAUAGACGACUACUUUCAAAAGAAUACCAGUAUAUCCCAACAAGUGCAACAUAAACUGAAGCAAUUCGAAGAGGAAUUAAAAACAGUGGAUCAAUCGUCGGCAGAAGGGAGAAUCAAGAAGAUUCAAUUCGACACAAUCAAGGUUCGUUACGUGAAAGUGUUUAAUCAGAAUAUGAAUGCACUAGAAAACUACAGGAAUAUAAAAAAGACUAAACUGGAGGCCCAACUGCGGGCAAAAGGGGUAAAGAUAUCCGAAGAGGAGCUAAAUAAAUUAUUGGAAGAUGGUUUGGAUAUUCACCUUUUUACGGAAAAUAUUUUAGCCGAGACAGCGGAAGCCAAAAGGGUCCUACAGGAUUUAGAGGACAGGCAUCAGCAACUGUUGAAAAUCGAAAGGAUGUUGGAAAAUUUGAGAAGCAUGUUUUUGCAGAUGUUCAUUUUAAUUGAGGAGCAGCAGGAUUUGAUUGAUAGGGUGGAAUAUCAGGCGGAUAUGGCAAAAGAAUUUAUCGGAAAAGGCAAGAAAGACUUGAGGAAAAGUGAAAAGAACAAGCGAAAGUUUUUAAAAAGGAAAAUAAUAUUGAUUGUUGUAAUUUUAGUGUUGCUGGCUGUUAUCUUGGGUUUGAUAUUUAAAUGAGAAAUGAUGUAUAGGACAUUUUUGAUUUAAACUUUUACUAGUUUCUUUGUUAUUCAAUUUCUUUAUUUUACCGACGAAAUAUUGUACUACUAAAUAAAAAAUUUAACUUUUUAACUUAGA